AUGGAGAGUGCUAGAGAUAUAACAAUAUUGAAAGAUGAGAAAUCAGAAUUUCCAAUAUUAUGUGAAACAUGUUUAGGACCAAAUCCAUUAAUACGUAUGAUGAAACAGAAUAUGGGUAAAGAAUGUAAAGUAUGUGAACGUCCAUUUACAAUCUUUAGAUGGAAACCAGGACCAAAAUCAAGAUAUAAACAAACUAUCAUUUGUCAAAUUUGUGCUAAAAUUAAAAAUUUAUGUCAAACUUGUUUAUUUGAUUUACAAUAUGGAUUACCAAUACAAGUACGAGAUAAAUUUAUGAAUAAUCCAAUAGAAUUACCAGAUUCUAAUAAAAAUUUAAUAUAUAAAUUAAAUAAUAUACAAACUAAUAAUGAACCACAAAUUGAUCCACACAAUGAAGAAAUAUUGAAGAGAAUAUCAAGAGUUGCUCCAUAUUAUCGUAGAAAUAAGCCAAGAUUAUGUACAUUUUGGAUACGUGGUAUAUGUAAUAGAGGUGAAGAAUGUCCAUAUUCACAUGAACAAGAUUCAUUUGAUCCAAGUUUAUCCAAACAAAAUAUACUCGGUAGAUAUAAAGGUAAAAAUGAUCCAUUAGCCUUAAAAAUCUUCAAACAACUUGAACUUGAACGAGAUAAUGAGAGAGAUAAAGAGAAAGAGAAUGAGAAAGGUAGUGAGAUGGAAUAUCCAUCAAUGAAUCCAACUGAAGCUAUUAAAAGAUUAAAUUAA